GGUUUUGAUUUGGUUAAUUACGGUUCGGUUACUGAACUGUUUCAUAAAUUAUGAUUCGGUUCAGUUUAAGGAAAGAAUUCUAAGGCUUAACCUCAGAAAAGAAACCCUAACCGAAGAGACAGAAAAUGUCCUCUCCAAUCAAACGCCGAGACACGGAUUUGAUUAACCUAUCUCUUUUUCUUUUGAUUUUUGCUUUCUCAAUUUCUAUUACUUUUCUAAUUUGUGUCUGUUGGAUUUAUGUGAAUCAGGAUGAUGACAGAUUGCAAGGUGGAGAUGAUCAACAAUGGCAUGCAACACUUCUUUCUCGAAUUUCAUCCACCUAAAUACAGUUUUUAUCAAGAAGGUUUGUGGAAGAUAAGAGUGGAGCUACCUGAUGCUUAUCCUUAUAAGUCCCCUUCUAUUGGUUUUGUCAACAAAAUUUACCAUCCUAACGUUGAUGAAAUGUCUGGUUCAGUUUGCUUAGACGUUAUUAAACAAACUUGGAGUUCAAUAUUUGAUUUUGUUAAUAUGUUCCAAGUGUUUCUUCCUCAACUCCUUAUAGACCCUAAUGCAUCAGAUCCAUUGGAUCGUGAUGCUGCUGCCUUGAUGAUGCGAGACCGUGCUGCAUAUGAACAAAAAGUCAAAGCAUUGGAAUUCAACCGCAGCACCACCACUGCCACUAUCAAUUAUCAAUCAUUUUCAGGCUGGCUCAGCAAAACCAAUCCAAAGAUUGAUGGUAAUGACGAUGAAGAAAAAAAUUGUAAUACAGAUGAUGUCUUGUGUAUGGAAAUUUCUGCGGAGGAAAUUCAUUCUCGCAAACGCAAACGAGAAUCAUUAUCCGGAAUGAUAACCUGGAUGAGGGAGAUUGCAAAACAUCCAUUUGAUCCCGCAGCUAAACCAUUACCAGAACCUUCAAAGUGGAAGGGGUGUAAAGGAGGUCAGAACUUCUUUGUUCAGAUGCUAAAGGCAAGGGACGUUCUCUCUGUGAGAAAGAAUUCAAAACCAAACAGUGGAUCAUCUUCCCAGAAGGUGAAGAUGCAUCCUGCCAUGUAUGAGGAUCCUGUUGCUCUUGGUCACCAAGGUGCCAAGAAAUUGAGAUGUAGUGAAAGGAUUUCUAGUGCUGUUAGUUCUCGCUGCACUUGCUGCAGUUUAUAUGGUAAUGGAAAUGAAUGUCUUCUGGAGAAAACAACCUCCAAACCAGAUGUAGCUGGAAAGAAAAAAUCCAAGUCAUAUUGGGAUAAUGUUCAUGAAACACUUGUUUCUAUAGGUCAUCGUUUCCAAGCGGAAGUCCCAGAAUGGACUGGUGUUGCUUCUGAGAGUGACUCUAAAUGGUUGGGCACACAAGUAUGGCCUGUUAAAGAUGAUGACUCAAAAGCUACUACUAAAACAGAUCUUGCUGGGAGAGGAAGACGAGGUAAGUGUAGCUGCAAUGUUCAAGGUUCUGUUCACUGUGUCAGAUUUCAUAUUGCUGAAAACAGGAUGAAACUGAAGCAUGAAUUGGGUUAUGUAUUUUACCAAUGUGGAUUUGAUCGAACGGGCGAGGGAGUUUCACUUCAAUGGACAGCUGAAGAAGAAAAAAAAUUUAAGGAUUUAAUGAGGUUAAAUAUCCCCUCCGAAAAAAAGGCUUUUUGGAAGAAUUUUUGGAACAAUACAUUCAAAGAAUUUCAAAUGAAGACAAGAAAAGACAUGGUAAACUAUUACUUCAAUGUUUAUCUUAUUAAACAAAGAAGCUAUCAGAAUCGCGUGACUCCAAAGGAUGUUGACAGCGAUGAUGACGGAGACAAAUUUGGAUCUUUUUGUGAUGGAUUUGGGAGAAAAGCUCUCAAGCAUCCAUCUAUGGAGUUCAUGGAGUGUUCAGAGAACACAGAGUGUUUUGAUUUUGAGUAGACAAAACGAGGUAAUAAUUUGAUAAAUGUUUCCAUAGCCGUUGAUGUUGAGAAUUUUUUUUUUGGAUCAGACUUGUAUACAGUUCUCUUUCUGCAUUCUGCAUAAUCAGGAAUCAUUUUCUUCACUAGGAAAUUUUUUGGUGAACAUACAACAUAAAAAUGGCUAAUGUGUUGGAACUUGGAAGCUACUGUGGACUACCCUUAAGGAAGAACUUGUAGAAGCUGCCAUUAACUUUGUUUGACAUGGUUAUGUUGUAAAAUGUCACGUUGUGGAAUGCUUCUUGGAGGCUUCACAAUUAGUGCUGCAAAACCUUAUUUCCUCUUCAUUUUGGACAGCCUUUGUGCUGUAAAACUCUUUCCCCUCUUUUAGACAACAUUGGUGCUGUAAAACAAAUCGUUUAUUCGAAGCAAACACUUUGAAGUUUAUGUUUAGUUAGACAUUUGUAAGUUAAAUUUACAAUUUAGUUUUGGCA